AUGGCGGCACUCCGCGCCAAAUUCAAAUGGAAAAACCAACCAGUAACGAAUAGUGAUCGUUACACUCAUAUUGUCGAUUACUUUUAUGACUAUCAAAUAAGAUCCCUUAUAGAGAAGGUGUUGGAAACCAAAUAUCAAGUGACUGACUAUUGGUAUCGUAUUGAAUACCAACAUCGCGGAAGCCCACAUUUGCAUGGAAUAUUUUGGAACAAAGAUGCACCUGACGUAUCAAACAUAGAGAAUGAAUCUGAAGAAUACAUAAUGGAAGUCAUUAAAUAUUUCUCAGACUUGGUUCAGGCAUGGAAUCCAAUAAUUAAUCCUAACAAAUUGAACAAAGGAACAAAAACAAGAGAAUGCAGAUUCAAAUUUCCAAUGGAAAUGCAAGAGGCUGCAACACUGAACAAAACUGACGACCAUAAUGAAUUUGUAUUUAGACCAAAGAGGAAUGAUCCUCAUCUGAAUAAAUUUAAUGCGUUUUUGAUUCAGUUAUGGAGAGCUAGCAUGGAUAUAUCUCCUGUAAUUUCAAGAAGAGCACUGCUUGCAUAUUUGACCAAAUACAUAUCCAAAUGUGAAGUUCAGUCUACAACUCUCAAGGAAAUAUUCACAACCACCUGUGAUUUACUGGAUAGUGAUCUGGCUGCGAAAAAGGUUAUUCACAAAGUGUUCAUGAAGUCGUGUGCAGAGAGGGACAUUUCAGCGCAGGAGGUCUGUCACUCCCUUUUACGUUUAAAACUGCACUCAGCAGGCGGUCGUCAGUUUGUCAUAGUGAACCUGUCGGAGAAAAAGUGGCUACAACUUCAACAACUUGAUGAAGAAUAUCAAGGCAAUAAACAUGGAAAGAAUACUGUAGAAAAGUACAUUGACCGUCCUAAUAGACUGGAGAAUAUUGCACUAUGGGAUUUUGCCAAGAAUUUCAAUGUCAACAGACUCAGUAAUGUCAAUAAGUCUAAUAUUGUUAGAGUUUUUCCAAAAUUAAAGAAAAAUGAUGAUGAAACUUUAAAUGAAGAGUACUAUAAACAACAAGUGCUGCUCCACUUACCCUGGAGAAAUGAAUGUGACAUCAAGACUGAAAAUGAAACAUGUCAUGAAAUUUUUGAGGGACACAAUUUAAGUAAUAUUUUACAACGUGUCAACAAACUAGAUGUUGAAGAAAAGAAUGAUGUUGAAGAUGAGUAUGAAUCAUCAGAAGAGUCCAGUGAUGAUGAGGGAGACAAUAUCCUGAAGGAGUUGCUGUCAUCUCGAUUAGGUCCGAAAUCAGAGAUACCUAAAAUUAGUCUUGGCAAUCGAGAAGUAGAUAAAAACUAUAAUUGGACUGACUCCUUUGCAAAUUAUGAAGAAUGUGGUACCAUCAUAGAUUUUGAAAACUACAUUGAUGAAAUGAAAAAAAAAGAAGAGCAAAAGGAUGUUGAUAUGGAUGCUUUACCUGACAUAAAUUUGAGUAAUGACCAAAGAGAAAUAAUUGACAUAGUCACAACAGCUAUAAACAAGAUGAAUGCAUCUGUAAAUAACACAUGCAGUAAUACCUUCCUGAAAAGAAUAAUAGUACAAGGAAAAGCAGGUAAAUAUACUAAUUAA